GCAUCUUUGCUUUCCCAAGCAGGAGCCACCAAGAUGCCCAUUCUGGAAAAAGCUCCCACUAAGGUGGCAACAAAAACUCCCAGCAGUGAGGGAGACUCGGAGCUGCCCAAACUUCCAGUGCCACCACUGCACCAAACCCUGACCACUUACCUGAGGUGCAUGAGGCACCUGGUCCCUGAGGAGCAGUUUAAGAAGAGCCAGGCCAUUGUGCAGAGAUUUGGGGCCCCAGGUGGCCUUGGUGAGACCCUGCAGCAGAAACUCCUGGAAAGGCAGGAGAAGACAGCCAACUGGGUGUCUGAGUACUGGAUGAAUGACAUGUAUCUCAAUAACCGCCUGGCCCUGCCUGUCAACUCCAGUCCAGCUGUCAUCUUUGCCCGGCAGUAUUUUCAAGACACCAACGACCAGCUAAGGUUUGCAGCCAACCUCAUCUCUGGUGUGCUCAGCUACAAGGCCAUGCUGGACAGUCAUACAAUUCCUAUCGAUUCUGCCAAGGGUCAGCUGUCAGGACAACCCCUCUGUAUGAAGCAAUAUUAUGGGCUCUUCUCUUCCUAUCGCCUGCCCGGCCAGACUCAGGACACAUUAGUGGCCCAGAAGAGCAGUGUCAUGCCUGAACCAGAGCACGUUAUUGUGGCCUGCUGUAACCAGUUCUUUGUCUUGGAUGUUGUCAUUAAUUUCCGCCGUCUCAGUGAGGGGGAUCUGUUCACUCAGUUGAGAAAGAUAGUCAAAAUGGCGUCCAACGAGGAUGAACGCUUACCUCCAAUCGGCCUGCUGACGUCAGACGGGAGGAGCGAGUGGGCUGAGGCCAGGACAGUCCUCGUGAAAGACUCCACCAAUCGGGACUCACUGGACAUGAUCGAGCGCUGUAUCUGCCUGGUGUGCCUGGAUACCCCAGGAGGAGUGGAGCUCAGUGACACCAACAGGGCACUCCAGCUCCUUCAUGGUGGAGGCUGCAGCAAGAAUGGGGCAAACCGAUGGUAUGACAAGUCCUUGCAGUUUGUGGUGGGCCGAGACGGAACCUGUGGUGUGGUGUGUGAACACUCCCCGUUCGAUGGCAUUGUGCUGGUACAGUGCACGGAGCAUCUGCUCAAGCAUAUGAUGAAAAGCAGCAAGAAACUGGUCCGAGCAGACUCCGUCAGUGAGCUGCCAGCCCCCAGGAGACUGAGGUGGAAAUGUUCCCCAGAAAUCCAAGGCCUCUUAGCCUCCUCAGCAGAAAAACUUCAACGGAUAGUAAAGAAUCUUGACUUCACUGUUUAUAAGUUUGACAGCUAUGGGAAAACGUUCAUUAAGAAGCAGAGGUGCAGCCCCGAUGCCUUCAUUCAGGUGGCUCUCCAACUGACCUUCUACAGGCUCCACAGGAGAUUGGUGCCCACCUAUGAGAGUGCAUCCAUUCGCCGAUUCCAGGAAGGACGUGUAGACAACAUUCGAUCAGCAACCCCAGAGGCACUGCGUUUUGUGAAAGCUAUCACUGACCACAAGGCUGCCAUGCCAGAUUCAGAGAAGUUGCUGCUCCUGAAAGAUGCCAUCCGAGCCCAGACUGAGUACACGGUCAUGGCCAUAACAGGGAUGGCCAUCGAUAACCACCUACUGGGGCUUCGGGAGCUGGCUCGGGACAUGUGCAAGGAACGUCCCGAGAUGUUCACAGAUGAAACAUACCUGCUGAGCAACCAGUUUAUCCUCUCCACCAGCCAGGUGCCCACAACCAUGGAGAUGUUUUGCUGCUAUGGUCCCGUGGUGCCCAAUGGAUAUGGUGCCUGCUACAACCCCCAGCCAGAGAGCAUCCUUUUCUGCAUCUCCAGCUUUCACAGCUGCAAAGAGACCUCUUCUACGAAGUUUGCAAAAGCAGUGGAAGAAAGCCUCACUGAAAUGAGAGACCUCUGCAGUCCAAGACAGCCCACCGCAGGCAAGCCACUCACAGCAAGUGAGAAAGCAACAAGGCCCAGCCAGGGACACUAACCUUGACUCCUGCUACUAGGUUUCACCUCCCCAAACCCAGCACUCUACUGCUGCCAGACCCUGACAAACCCUUGCUCCCAACAUUCGCCCCAGCUUUCUGUAGCUCUCCUUUCCUCAGGACCCAAUGCACAGACCAUAUGGAGGCAUCAUACAAAGAUGAAUAGGUGUGUGUGAGGGUGGAGAGGGAUGUAUCCCCCCCCCCCCAACAUGCUUAGCAAUCAUUCUUCUGGCCUGUGCAUAUUAGAGAAGCCCAGCCUGGCUCUGUGGUGGCCUGGGUGAGGUAGGGAAGUUCACACUGGCUUCCCUCCCAACCCAUGGAAGCUUAAUAGUCUAGUUGCCUUGUACAGCAGGACUGAGCAUGUCCAAGUCAUGCUUUUGCUCAAUGAAAGAAUGAGUCACCCUGUUAUAUGCAGUGGACCUAAAUGAGUCAUGAAGAGGUCAUUACCUCUUUAGGGGAGAAGCCUUCGGGUGCAGAUUGAAAGCAGUCUGAUCAUGGCAUUCAGAGUGGCCAACAUUGAGCCAUACAGUCCUGUAAAUACCCCUUCCCCCAACACCCCUGCCACACACACACGUCAGGUUCAUUUGAAAUGUAGAAAUAUAGUGGCCUGGGCCCACACACACUUAAUCUCCUUUCACCUCCCUGAGAUGGCCUUCCCUUGAAGUCAGAACAUCUAGUCUAGCUAUUCUAAAAGGGAAAUUUUUAUCUGCAGUUGCUCUAUAGGACUUACUGUUCUCUGCUGCCCCAGAAGCAAGAAGACCUUGAAAAGAGAAUUCAUAUCCACUUGCCCCCAGGCCCUGCCACUUGCACUUUAUUUUCCUGGUUGCUUUCCCAUCCCUCUUCCCAUGAAAUGUCCCCCUAGAAGCCAUCAGAGCUGCUUUACUGUGGAGAAGAAAGGAUUAAUUUGGGGGUGGAGGGAGGACCUCACUUGUUCUUUGUUUGUUUUGUUUGUUUAUUUUUUAAAGAGACUGUUUAAAAAAACCACUGUGACAUUAAUUUCAGAAAACAGUUCUAGUGGCCCAAGCAAGACACUCUUGUAUGACUGGUUUUCUUUAUGGAGAGGAUGGUUUACAGGGAUUGCGCCUAAAUCUUACCCACAUGAAGGAUC